GAAAUCAGAAAAAAAAACUUCUGACGUUAAUAUAAAUGGCAACAUCCUCCGUUUUGUCCACCUUCGCCGCGGCGGCAAUAACGUUGCAACUAUUCUUAAAUACAGCUUCAGCCUCUCCUCACAUGAAAUACAUAGACGCGGUCUGUGAUCGUGCCAUUGACCAAGCUUUCUGCGUUAAAACAUUGACGACUAACCCCCCUACGGCUGCUCCCAUUGCCCUGCAUCCGCUGGCCGAGGCCGUGGUCGGACUCGCUCUAUCCCACGCCGAUAAGACAGCGGUUUUUGUGGAUGAGACGGCCAAGAAAGAUCCAACGCUGAAGACUUCGUUUACGGAGUGCCACAAGGCCUACUUGGCUGUGGCGGCUGCUCUCAAGAGCGCAAACGUGAACCUCAAGCAAUCCCCCGACAAAGCUAACUACGACGUCAGGUCUUCGAGCGACCACAUGAGGCUCGUGAUGGAAUUGAUUGGGAAAAACACUGACAAGGCUUCAACCACGCUCAAGGAAAUGACCGUGCAGAUGGAGAAACUCCUAGAUCUUGCAGCUGGAGCAGCUGAUGCCGUGGACGACGAUGACGAGAACAUCCACCGUCGCGUCUGAUUUUAAACCGGUUGGGUUUCGUUUUUUGUUUGGGUUCGCAAUACAAAAUGAAUAUAAGUAUAUUAUCAUGUAUAUAAAAUACAAAGUUACAAACUGUAUUAUGAUAACAUUAGUAGUCUUUGAAAUAUUUGCCGAUCGAACUAAGUUCUUUUGCAUAAAUAAUAAGUUGCAGUUUGAUCUU